CGGCAGAGAGAGAGGAGGAAGCAGGCUCCCCGCUGAGCAGAGAGCCCGAUGCGGGGCUCGAUCCCAGGACCCUGAGAUCAUGACCCGAGCUGAAGGCAGAGGCUUAACCCACUGAGCCACCCAGGUGCCCCAAGGGGCAGGUUUUCUAAAUAGCGCUCAGGAAGAAUGUCUGAAGCAGAAACGCAAGUGCCCAGUUUUGAAGGGAUGCGCUCAAGGGUCUGGUACCUUUUGUGCUUCUUGCGUUUCCUCUGCCAUUUCUGGUGUGGGCCAGAGUGAGGCUGGGCUGGCCGUGAGGCCGCAAAUGCGCUCUUUGUCCAGGGUGAGCAUUUCCGUUCCUAACCUUGGAGAGUGGGUCUGGGCGCCUGGGCAGAGGAGAGCUUAAGUCCCCCUUUCCAGUGGGUGUGCAAUGGGUGGGAGACGACUCCUGGGCACCGGAGACCUGGGGUGCACUGGCCCGGUGGGGGGUGGGGGGCCAAGCCAGCUAAGGGGCUGCAAGUGUGAGUGAACACAGUGUGGGCCCCGAGGUGCAAUGCAUGUGAACCCGGGGCUCCAUGAGCUGUGGGGACACGGGGCCCUCAGCUUCAGGUGCUUGAAGAACAGGCAGCCACAGAGGCUUGGGCAUCUCUCUCACAGCUGGGGGUGGGGGGGCUCUCCACUCCUACCAUUAUAAAUGGGGGGGGGCUAGGUUGUCCAGCUUGCACCCCGCACUGGGCAGUGUUCCCAGAUUUCAGGCAUGGAGCUAGGGGAUGGGCUGGGAACGAAGGGGCUCCCUGAGACGCUGUCUCUGCAGACGCUCUCCCCAGCCUGUGAGCUCCCUGGCCAGCCCCUGGGGCGGCUCCUUGCGUGCCUGUCCUUCUGGGGUUUGGGGCUGUUGUUACCCUGGAGGACUCCUGGGGGCCCUUCCGAGCAGUGAUCGGGCGCCAGCUUGCCACGCCCCCUGGGGGCCCUGGAUGUGAAGCUCUGCACGUCCAGCCAGGAGUCCUGAGGCGGCAUCCCCACCUGCUCAGACAUGCCUGUGGGAUGUGUUAAGGUGUAGAGUCCUGGGCCAUGACCCAGACCUUCAGAGAGCUGCAGCGAGCAGAGCCCAGAGUGGGAGUUUCUGGCAGUUCUCAGCGUAGUGUACGAAGCACUGCCCCUCGGUUUCGGAAGCGGUAGGAGUCCAAGAUCCAGAGCAGAAAACAUUAACGCGUUUGGUGUGGUGUUUGAAAUUCCCACUACUGCCCAGGACUCGGGGACACCAGGUGAGGGAAGUUCCUGUUGCUUCUGGAGGUGACACCUUUUGAACAGGAGGGCCAAGUCCUCAGGGCUCCUGAUCCCUUGGGGGCAGGGGCAGGGGCAGGUGGGGACCCACUCCCAGGGACCCUCGGCUCAGGUGGCUUCUCAGCUGCUCACCCCGAGCUGGAGAGCUUACCUGGCCGGCGGCCAGGGGGUGUACCUGGGAGUAGGAGAGUGAGCUGGAGGGGAGUCUGAGGGCCGGGAUGGGUCCCUGGGGUGCACCCCGACAUGGGAGUGGUUCUGCCGGUGGCAGGCCCUGGGGCCCUCCCAUCUGGUUUUGUUUUGUUUUGUUUUAAAGAUUUUAUUUAUUUGACAGAGAUCACAAGUAGGCAGAGAGGCAGGCAGAUAGAGAGAGAGGUGGAAGCAGGCUCGACGCCGAGCAGAGAACCCGAUGUGGGGCCCGAUCCCAGGACCCUGGGAUCACGACCUGAGCCGAAAGCAGAGGCUUUAACCCACUGAGCCACCCAGGAGCGCCAUCGUCUCGUCCGGGGCCGCCGGGGGGCUGGGCAGCAUGGUGCCCUCCGGCCCCGUGGUGGAGAAGGACGAGCCCGCGGAGCCGGGGCCAGACCCGGAGCCGGACCCGGAGCUCAAGUCCUGGAGGUGCCUGGUGUUCUACCUGUGUUUCUACGGCUUCAUGGCGCAGUUGCGGCCGGGGGAGAGCUUCAUCACACCCUACCUCCUGAGCCCCGAUAAGAACUUCACUCGGGAACAGGUCACCAACGAGAUCACGCCGGUGCUGUCCUACUCGUACCUGGCGGUGCUGGUGCCCAUGUUCCUGCUGACCGACUACCUGCGCUACACGCCGGUGCUGGUGCUGCAGAGCGCGAGCUUCGUGGCGGCCUGGCUGCUGCUGCUGCUCGGCCGCUCGGUGCUGCACAUGCAGCUCAUGGAGCUGUGCUACAGCGUCACCAUGGCCGCGCGCAUCGCCUACUCCUCCUACAUCUUCUCGCUCGUGCGGCCCGCGCGCUACCAGCGCAUGGCCGGCUACUCCCGCUCCGCCGCGCUGCUCGGCGUCUUCACCAGCUCGGUGCUGGGCCAGCUGCUGGUCUCCGCCGCCGGCGUGCCCUUCUCCACGCUCAACCUCGCGUCGCUCGGCCUGCUGUGCUGCAGCCUGCUGCUCGCGCUCUUCCUGCGGCGGCCCCGGCGCAGCCUCUUCUUCAACCGCGACGCCGCCGCGCGCCGCGGGGCCGCCGCCUCCGAGCUGGCCCGCAUGAACCCGGGCGCGGCGCGGGGGGCCUGGCGGGACUGGACGCCGGCGCGCGUGCUCCGCGAGCUGGGGGCCACCGCGCACUCGCCGCAGCUGCGCCUCUGGUCCCUCUGGUGGGUCUUCAACUCGGCCGCCUACUACCUGAUCGUCUACUACGUGCACAUCCUGUGGAACGUGGUCCACCCCACCGCGGACAGCGCCUCGGUCUACAACGGCGGUGCGGACGCCGCGUCCACGCUGCUCGGUGCCAUCACCUCCUUCUCCGCGGGCUUUGUGAAGAUCCGCUGGGCGCUGUGGGCCAAGCUGGUCAUCGCGGGCGUGACGGCGGCGCAGGCGGCGCUGGUGUUCCUCAUGUACAGCACCAACAACAUCUGGCUGUGCUACCUGGCCUUCGUGCUCUUCCGCGGCGCCUACCAGUUCCUGGUGCCCAUCGCCACUUUUCAGAUCGCGUCUUCUCUCUCUAAAGAGCUCUGUGCGCUGGUUUUCGGAGUGAAUACAUUCCUUGCCACCGUCCUCAAGACCAUCAUCACCCUCAUUGUCUCUGACAAGCGGGGUCUGGGCCUCCCGGUCCACUCACAGUUUUUCAUCUACUUCGUGUACUUCCUGGUGCUGUUUGGCGUCUACCUCUUGGGGGCCUUGGUGGUGGUCCUGCGGCAUUUCCGGGACGGCCGCCGCGCGCCCCAGCCCCCGGCGCUGAGCCCCGCGGAGGAGAAGGCCAUGCAGCCGCUGGCCACCCUGGAGCAGAGCCUGCAGCCUGAGGCCAAGGCCUGACCUCCGACCCCAGAGGCCACCCCCAGGAUCCUCCACGCCCGGCGGCCUUGGCGUUUCAGGACAGACGCCCCGUCCACGUCCCCGCCUCUCGGUGUCAGCGAUCCAGGUGUCCGGCCUCAGCUACAUUCCAGGGUUCAGACUGUGGAACCAGUGACCAGCGGGGACCCUCCACGGCACCUCCCUGUGCCCUGCACCCAGGGGCUACCUGCCUCAGGAGGGGCCGUGGCUUGUCUUGCUGUGGCCUGAGGGUGGUGCCCCUCUGCCCUGUGUGGCACUCUGGUCCUGUCCCCUCACUCGCUGGGACACUCGGGCAGCUGCUGGGACGCUGGGGGCUGUGCUGUCCCCGCCCACAUGUGGUGGGCAGUGGGGUUCACGUGCCUCCUCAUCGUCACCCCCCACCCUGGGAGGCAGGCCCUGCUUGUCCCUGGGGACCCUUGACUGGGAUGGGGACUCGGCCCUGCAGCACGAGGCUGGGAGCCGGACGUCUGGGGCCCGUUUUCCAGGUACCUGCCUUAGUGCUCUUGGUUUUUUAAAAAAAUUAACCUGAACGAGAAACCUCA